CACGUGCGCCGGUGUGAUUGGAAACAAGAAUAAAAUAUUUAAAUUUUUUACUGAAGAAUUUUAGAAUAAUCACGACAUGGCUUGUGAUAGUAAUUCGGAUUUGUUUAACUUUAUAAUUGAUGAAGAUUGUCCAACGGAUUUUGGAUUGAUGAUUAAAGAAGCGGAUUGGACAAGUUGCUUCCAACAUGAGGUUUUCAAGCGAUUCGUUAUUGGUCAAAUAUCGUCCACCGAACGUCAGAAAAUUCUCCACUCGUCCAUAGCCGCCCUACUCGCAUUUGUGCAAAACAAUUUCCUUGGUCCUACAUUGGUGCUAAACGAUGCUAUAAACGUCCCGGGUGAACUCAAUUUCAGGCGUUUAUUGACAUUAGAUGGAGAAGAGCUGAAUCCCAACGUGGCAACCCCCGAACUGCUGUACGUUUGCAAACUUGCUUUCGAGCAACUUCUACCGACCGAUGAUGAAUCGACAUCGCACUUCGUUGAACGAUUGUGGUAUCUCCGAUUUCUGGUAAUCUAUCAACGGUGUUUAGAUGACCUCGUCCACAGUCUUUAUUCGAGUUUUGAUCAGAACGUUGGUCAUCUCGCUAAAGCGAUGGAAAAUAUGGACGAUUAUGAACUGAAAGUACAAACCCACAUUGAAAUCCUGCAAGGAUACGUGCUUUUCAAACGUAUUACCAAAUCAGAACAUUGGAUAACUGCGCUUCAAAAUGUUGCAGGCGUGGACAUAACAAUUGAAGGUGUCCUUGGAGUGCGUACAAAGUUUCAGCAGAACCCUAUACCACAGUUAACGUUGAAGGCAAAAGGACUCGAGACGAUUGAUUUGGCUGAUUCAAAGGUGACACAUGGACAUAUCAGUUUGCCCACAAUGCUAAAGCUGGAUGACGAUGUACGACUGGAGAAGAUUAAGUUUACUAAUGAGCAGGAAAAUGUAGAUGCUCAACUUCCCAGUUUAGUCCAAGAGAUUGUUCUAUCGAAAAUCUUAUUCUUAAAAUACUCGCAGCCAAAAGAUAAACUAGCCGAUGAGGAGCUUAAGCCGUACUUAACCGCAUUAUUGUACCAGGAUUACGGACCGUGGUCCACUCGACUCGUUGCCCUAUUUCUGAAUAUCCAAAUGGAAGCAAGCCACAAGCGGACUGUCGAUCGUUCACUAAAACAGUGCGAAGAGCUUGUGCAUCUUCUAGAUUCCAGCAGCGUUCCCGUUGUGCAUCGUUUGUCGUACGCAUUUUGCUCGUCCCUAAUUCCACGCUGGCAAAUCAAAGCCAAAUUAGGCGACUUGAUGGUCAGUCUGGGCAUGAUUAAGAGCGCCUUAGAUUUGUACUUAGAGCUGCACCAUUGGGAGGAUGUUAUUUCUUGCUACAACCAUUUAGAGUUGAGGCACAAAGCUGCCGAGAUCAUCCAACAGGAAAUCGAUAAGAAGCCUACCGUUACUUUAUACUGCUUACUAGGUGACGCAACCGAUGAUAUCCAGUGCUACCAAAAAGCAUGGGAUCUUUCCGGAGAAAAUAGCGCCAAAGCGCAGCGACACUGGGGCAAUUACUACUUCGCCAGAAAACAGUACCAGGACGCCAUUCCACAUUUGAAGAAAUCCAUAGAAAUUAACUGCCUCCAAGAAACCACUCUACUUCGGCUGGGCUACGCCGCACUUCAGCUCGAACAGUGGGAAGAUGCCGCCAAAGCUUAUCGACUUUACACUACCCUGGAAUCGCAUGGGUUCGAAUCGUGGAACAACCUAUCCAUGGCUUACAUCAAACUGGGUGACAAAAGGCGAGCUCACAAAGUCCUGCAGGAAGCCCUGAAAUGCAACUUCAACAACUGGAAGGUUUGGGACAAUUUUCUCGCAGUUAGCAUCGAUACGAAAAACUACGAAGACGCCUUGAAUGCGUAUGAGCGAUUGAUUGAACUGAAGGAGAAAUUCUUCGACCAAGAAGUAUUGGAAAUCCUGACCAAAGUUAUCUCGGAAGGAGCUCCCGACGCAAAUGGCAAUUCAUCCAAUCGUCUGACGAAGAAAAUUUUAAAACUUCUAGGGCAUGCAUCAGCCAAAACGCCUAACAAUGGGCUGCUUUUCGAGCUAUCCUCCCAAUUGGAAACGGAAGAUCCGCUGAAGAAAGCGCAAAAAUUGCAAAACGCCUACCGUGGCUAUGUGCAGACCAAUAGCCAAUGGUCGAAAACGUCAGACAACUGUGGAAGAAUUCUCAAGUUGUGCAUUGCUCUUUGUGAAAGCAGUUUACAAGCAUUCGUUGACGGCAAGGAGGACGCUGGAAAAUUGCCUUCCGUUAAGUCUCAACUAUCUUCCGCCCGUUUAACUGGGCAAGGAUGCUUGAGGGCGGCUACCAGUGAGAAUUGGGAACAAAAUGCUCCCCUCGUUGAACAACUAUCGGAAAUUGUACAAAAGCUGACGACCGAGUUAACGAAUGCUAUGAAUCAAUAAAUUAAUUCAUUAUCUAAUAA